GAAAGACAACACCGGAGACGAGCAACACGAAACCAGGCUCGAAGUUCAGGGAAGUGGGAAGUCAAAGCAAGGAGGGAACAAGAAGAAGAAGCAGAAGGCUGUUAAGGAAGAUCAACCCAAGAAAGAAAGGCCCAAGAAACGGAUGAGCAAGGCUCAACUUUUACAUUAUCUUAAUGUGUUAUUGGGGGUGUUGGCCAUACUGUCCCUUGGAGAUAUUGCGGUCUCGUCCUUUCUCUGCAACCAAUUGUUUUCCUUCAGAUCAAAUGUUCAGAAUGCUAUCAACGACUAUUGCAGUCAGAAUCGAUUGCUCGAGCAAUGCCUUAGUUUCUCAGAUUUCAUCCUGGCUCCAUACAUCUCGUUCCUCAUUUGGUCCAUCUUCCUCUUUCUGAGCUGCAUGUUGCUACUCUACGGAAUUACGAAGUCUUCAACCACCUCUCUGUCUUCUUUCAUCUACUUGGAGCUGCUCCUUGCGUCGGCACAGAUUGCUUUCACGACGUUCGUCUCUGUCAACGUGAGCUAUCUCAAGAAAUCCACCACUGGGGCAUCGACUGUUUCGUACAUUGAUCAGUUCAACUACACUGUGACCAAGCUGUGGAACAGUACGAGUAGUUGGCAGAGCUCGGUAGGAUGCGGUGGAGCCAACAAACUCUCAUAUAAAUCGGAGAUCGACUGUGUUAUCUCCGUCUUGGACAAGUACGCGAUCACAGCUGCAUGUUUAAUGAUGUUCCCAGCUGCCUUGUUUGCGAGUCUGCUUCGAACUUGGAUCGUGGAGGAUAAGGGAAUGGAUCUAUUUGUGCAGUGCCGCAUAUCUCAAGGAUUUGGCCUGAUAAUUAUGGGGGUCUUCUUCUUCAUCAUCUGCUUUGGAGUGGUGGUUUGCGGCAUUGUUCUUUAG